ACUUUAGGGAGUAAUUUGCAAGGCAUGAAACCACAUUUUUAACCAUCUUCAUUGCAAUCUUGAUUAGAAGCCCUAACCCUCCUCUCCUUCAGCUCUUUCUCCUUUCUAUGACUGCAACUGCACUCUAUCUAUAGUCUAUACCCUCUUUUUGUCUUUCUUCAUUCAAUAUUCACUUUCUUGAUUUCUUCUUCUAAUCACGUGUUUCCUUUAUCAUUUCCAUGAACUGGGUUACUUGAUUUUUGUCGGUUGGUUCACUUUCCCGCCUGCUUUUACAGGUAGAUGUCAUUUUUACCGUUGGGGCUGACUAAAAAGUUUCAAGUUAAAGAAGCUUAAAGUGUUCCUUGAGAUUGAAUGUGACACAGUUUUCAGUUAAUAUAUUCUUUUUAUCUCAAUCCCAUGGUAUUUUAUGAUGAAAAUGAAGCCUCUUUGAUCUCUUACAAAGGUAAAGGGUCUUGAUACUCAAAAACUUAGUAUGGAACAUUCCAAUGACUAUGCACAAGUUUCCACCAGCUACGCAGCUGGAAAUGAGGAGGUUCAUCCUGUCUCUGAGAGGUUUAUGCAAGAUGCUACAAAUUGCAUAAACAUGAACAUGAGACCUCCAGAAAGUAGUGCUCCAGAAGUCAAACCAGUUAAUUUUUCUAUACAAACGGGAGAGGAGUUCUCUCUUGAAUUUAUGCGUGAUCGUGUCUUUCCACGGAAACCUGCCAUCUCAAAGGCUAUGGGUGACCCACUAGGUGCACCAAGUUAUAUGGAUGUAAAAGGUAUUUUUGGAAUCAGUUGCACGGAGUCUGAUAAUGGCUCAGAUAUAUCUAUGCUUACAUUGGCAGAAAAAGGUCCGAAAGAGUUUGACCGAAAGAACUCAUCAUUGUAUGAUGGAAAAACUUCCCAUGGAUCAAUGCGAUCAGUACGUCAAAAUUCGUCAACAUAUGGAAGUAGUCGAGGUUUUCAUGGAUAUGCUUCAUCUGGAACGUCAGAUGGCUCAUCAUCUAAGAUAAAGGUACUCUGCAGCUUUGGUGGUAAGAUCUUACCUCGGCCGAGCGAUGGAAAGUUUCGGUAUGUUGGGGGUGAGACACGUAUCAUGCGAAUAAAUAAAGAUAUUACUUGGCAGGAGCUCAAGCAGAGAACUUCCACGAUAUUAGAUUGUCCUCAUACCAUUAAGUAUCAGCUUCCAGGGGAAGAUCUUGAUGCUCUGGUGUCUGUAUCAAGCGAAGAGGAUUUGCAGAAUAUGAUGGAAGAGUGUAAUAUUUUAGGUGAUGGAGAAGGCGCAAAGAAACUUCGUCUAUUUCUGUUUACCUCGAGUGAUUUAGAGGAGUCUCAUUAUACUUUGACUGGUGGUGAUGUUGAUUCUGAGUUUCAGUAUGUUGUUGCUGUCAAUUGCAUGGACAUGGACAUUAGAAAACACUCGGGCAUGCAUAAUUUAGAUGCAUCAAUGGGUUCAAAUGCUAACCGAGUAGAUGGUGCAGUUGGAGUAACCAGUUCUUCUCAUGCUGAAGGUCCCGCUCCAUCAACAGGAACGCCUUUACAGUCAUUUGUACCUGGAUCCGGCAGCAGUUAUCCACUUCUUCCAAAUCAGUUUCGUGGACAGGUGAGUCACCAUGAAGAUUUGAAGGGGUAUCAGCUACAUGGUAGUCAUGAUGUGCAACCCCCUGCGCACUCUCGUGAAGAAAGUAUUACUGCCAUGUCAUUGCAUGGAUUAUCAGCAAAUCAACAGAAACAGAUGGAGGUUCAGUCUCACCAAGUUGAUGUAAAUAGUAAUCUUCCCGCUGAAGAAACGUCUGGUUCUGCUGUCAACUGUGAUUUACCUCCAAAAGGUGAAAAAAGAUACCAGGAACAUAUCAUGACCUCUCCAUCUGAUGCGGUGUAUGUACCACGUGCUUUGGAGCCUACAAAUCCAGAAUAUGCUCACCCUUUUGACCAUGCAUAUGCUUCUGAACAUGCUCACUCGGAACCUAAUUCAUUCAACAUGAAUUACGAUGAACUUCCUGCCACCCAGAGACCUUAUCUGUCAGUGAACAUUCCUAGGGAGCAAGGAGAGAUGCUGAACAGGCUAACUAAGUCUGAUGAUUCACUCAACCCUCAGUUCCUUAUGUCACAUUCUCAUGCUUCAGUUGGACAGCAAGUUACAGCUACUGGCUCUAAAAUGGUUGACAAUGAAGGGGUCAAUUAUCCAGUAGACAAGGAGAAUGUGUCAAGACAAACUGUUUCUGGCACUAUUGAACAGACAAAUGCACUUGAGCAAACCCCUUUUGUAGAAUGUAACUCAGAAAUAUCUUGCCCAGAUGAUAAGCGUAAGGGACAGCUAGUUGAUGGGGUUGAAUUUGGGCAUGCACGAACUGAUGUUAGCCAACCGUCUAAUAGUCAGCAAACUGAUCAUCCUUCUAAUCUCACCGAUUUUAAAUGGGCAGAUGAGACCAGCCAAACCUCCACCGGUAAUGCUGCUGAGAGUAUCCUUAUAGAUAUUAAUGACCGAUUUCCUCGUGAUCUGCUCUCAGAUAUAUUCUCAAAAGCUAUUUUAUCCGAGGAGUCAUCUAGUAUUAAUCAACUACCUCAUGAAGGGGCUGGCUUGAGCAUGAAUAUUGAAAACCAUGAUCGAAAGGAUUGGUCUUUUUUUAAAGAUUUGGCUAAGGAUGAUUUCCGAAAAGAUGUUUCUUUGAUGGAUCAGGAUCAUCCUAUUUAUCCCUCUGGACCUGCCAAAGUUGAUGAAGAAGUUUCUGGAGUUUACCACUUUACACCUUUAUCAAUAGAUGGGAUCCCCUCCAGGGGUGUUGAUACUCACGUUUUUGGCGAUUUUGGUCACCGAGAUUUAUCAGGUACUGGUUUAGUUAACCAAGUAGUCUCUGCAUCAGAGUUUAACCCCUCGCAGGCAAACUAUAGUGAAGUUGUCCAAUUUGAUGGUGUUGGGACUCCGUACCCAGAUUAUGAGGAGGCAAAGCAAGAGACAAAGCAUGUUGGUCUUCCUCCUCUAGAUCCUUCCCUUGCGGAUAUUGAUUUUAAUUUCUUACAGUUCAUAAAGAACGAAGAUCUUGAAGAGCUUAGAGAACUGGGUUCAGGAACAUUUGGCACUGUAUAUCAUGGAAAAUGGAGGGGCUCAGAUGUUGCUAUCAAGCGAAUAAAGAAAAGUUGUUUCACUGGUCGAUCAUCCGAGCAAGAGAGACUGACUGUAGAAUUCUGGCGUGAAGCUGACAUCCUUUCAAAACUUCACCAUCCGAAUGUGGUAGCAUUUUAUGGUGUUGUUCAAGAUGGACCUGGAGGAACAAUGGCCACAGUUACUGAGUUCAUGGUUGACGGUUCUUUGAGGCAUGUUCUUCUUAGAAAGGAUAGGCAUCUGGACCGUCGCAAACGAUUAAUAAUUGCAAUGGAUGCUGCUUUUGGGAUGGAAUACUUACAUUCAAAGAAUAUUGUGCAUUUUGAUUUGAAGUGUGAUAAUCUACUUGUAAAUCUGAAAGAUCCUUCUCGGCCUAUUUGCAAGGUUGGUGAUUUUGGACUAUCAAAAAUCAAGCGUAACACAUUGGUUUCUGGUGGUGUAAGAGGAACUCUUCCGUGGAUGGCUCCUGAACUUCUGAAUGGAAGUAGCAGUAAGGUCUCGGAGAAGGUCGAUGUGUUUUCUUUUGGUAUUGUUCUAUGGGAAAUCCUUACCGGGGAAGAACCCUAUGCGAAUAUGCAUUAUGGUGCCAUAAUAGGGGGAAUUGUGAAUAACACGUUGAGGCCGCCUAUUCCAAGUUACUGUGAUUCAGAGUGGAGAACGCUCAUGGAACAGUGUUGGGCUCCAAACCCUGCUGCUCGGCCUUCUUUUACGGAAAUUGCAGGCAGAUUACGUGCAAUGGCUGAUGCAUGCCAAACCAAACCUCAAGGACCGAAAGCUUCUCAUUAAUUUGUAUCGGAAAGGCCCUUGUAAUUUUUUUUUUCCUUUUAGCAGAAAUUUCUCAUGACGAUGUUCUUUACUCAUUAAAGGUUCGGGUUAACAGCUCCCUCAAAGUAUUUUCUGAAGCAGGAGCUGUAUAUGUAUUAAAAAUCUUUCCUGAAUUUACUUCAUAAUUCUCAGAACCUCAGUGAUUCAUUCUGUACAGGAGUGUAGUCAAAGUUACAACAGCAUCGGCUUUUGCUCGUAGAGCAUAUGUUACUCGGGCACCUAUUACGGAAUAUUUUUCAUAUCGAGUGUUGAAAGGAGCUUUUGCUUGAAGAAAAUGGUGCGCUAUACUCGGAAAAGCCAUCGUUAUCUAGGAUUUGCUGUGUAUAAGAGCCUUUGCAUGCUUGGCUUGUGCUUGUGUUUCAGCCGUUUUGCGUUUCGUCUUGGAAUGGAUCUUAUGGAAAGUUCCAUGGAGAUACCAAACGUCUUGUAUGGUACUAAUGUGUUGCAGAAUAAUAAAGCAUUUACUCUGGUUAUCUUUA